UGAACAAACUUCACUUUCAGCUGAACGUCCUCUCUUUGCUCCCGUUUGCCACGAUGCACACGUCCUUUUCCACAUUAUUACUGUUUUUUAGCUCAAUGCUAUGUGUGAAUGCUGAUGGGUUAGCACUGGUUCCCCUUGAACUUGCUCCAGUUCCCUGCAAUGACAAAGCCGUGGAGAAACUAUCAUGUCUGGCUGCCACUUACAUCAAUGAGGAUCGCGCCGACGGGUAUAAAUUUGCUCUCAACCGCAUUGCCAACGUCCACCUACACGCUCAGGGCCCAGCAGGCAAUGUGUAUUACCUGGACCUGGAUGUCCUGGAGACCAAGUGUCACAUAGGCAGUCCAAAGCCAUGGAAGCGCUGUCACAUCAGGCCAUUCAUGGAAACACAAAUCUCCGGUAACUGCAACACUACCAUCCUGCACACACCAGAAGGCUACUCCUACCUGUACAGCUAUGAUUGUACACUUGUGCCAGACCCACCUGAGAAACUGCAACAGACUUGUCCGACCUGCCCGGUCCUUCUUCCUGUUGACAGUCCACAAGCUGUGACGGCUGCUCAGGUCACCCUGGCGUCCUAUAAGAGGCAGUCCACUCUGGGUGCAGGGCUCGGAGUGAAGCGGAUCACCAGGGCCGCAGAGCAAACUCUGCCAGUAAAAGCCAGAUUUGUGGAAUAUACAGUCCAAGAGUGCCCGGAGGGAGUGACAGAGAAAGGCACCUGUCAGCGGUUAACACUUGCUUCGGACACGGAGACUGCAGGCUUUUGUACAGGUUCUGUGCAUGGAGACUUGCAUGCUCAUCCAGACGUUCAAGUGUCCUGUGAGAUGUUCAACAUACAGAAUGUUGAUGUCCCACGCCCAGUAGAGCCGCAAGGGCAUGACCUCUCCUUGAACCACGAUAUCCCAACACUGCCUCCAUUCUAUUACCCAAAAAAAGAACAGCAGCCUGCUCACUCAGACCCCACACCACAUGUUGAUGCUGAACCAGCAACAGUAAACCCUACAAAGAUUCUCCCCGGUGCCUUGGAACCUUCAUUUAAUCCCCCAACCACAUCUUCCUCGUCUUCUAGUGAGUCUGAAGAAGGUUUCUUAAUUCGGCAACCUUCACCCACUGGGCUUUUUGAAUCAUCUUCUGAAGAGAUAGGAGGCCCUCUGGCACUACGUCCACCCUUUGACUUUCACUAUAAGAAGCAUGACCGCAAGAAACGGCAGGCAGUGACGGAAAUCGCACCAUCCCGCAAACCAACAUUCCUGUCUGAUUUCCCAAGUGGACCAUCGCCUUUCCGCUCCUGCCCUGGCCCUGCUCGAUACACCACAGUUUAAAGGGCCAGUGAUAAGGGUACUAUUUUCAUGGACAAAAAAAAAACUUACUAUAGUGUUCAUAACAGUGGGUGAUUAAAUCACUGUGACUCAACUGUAUGGAGAAUUUGAUGGCGAGCACAUCAAGUACUUGAGCAAUUAAAGUUUGGCUUUAAACUAA